GGGGCGUGUUCACUUGCGCCGUAACGAGAGGAAGAGGAGUGCCUCCAUUGGCAAACAUUCAGAAGCUCUCGUUUUACAGGACGUGAAACACGGCUAAACAAGCCGGUGAGCACUGCAUCUAUCGGCGUGUGGUCGAGCACGUACACGGUGGUCAACCAUGAAGCUACUGUUAGCUGUCGGUAUCCUCGUGUUCAGCUGUUGGCAGGCGAACGCGUCCACAGCUGGCUUCAUCAAGUCUCCCCUCUCAGUCACUAAACUGCUCGAUGACAGCGCUGAGUUGCAUUGCGAGGUGAUAGGCAGCCCAAUCCCCGAGGUACAGUGGUGGUUCAUAGAAGGCCAAGAGCCCGAUGAGACCUUCGAGCAGCUCUUUGACGGGGCGCGCGAUGAGCGCGUGCAGAUAAACGCCACGUACGUCACGCACGCUACCAGCACCAUUCGCCUCACGAGCCUCGGCCUCAACGACUCGGGUACAUACGAAUGCCGUGCCUCCAACGACCCAGACCGCAAUGAGCUGACGAAGACUCCAAAAAUCAAGUGGAUCCGAUCGCAAGCGAACAUUAUUGUGAUUGAAACCCCGACAAUUCUCACUGAUCCUGUCGAGGUUAACAACCAGACCUCUGCCGUGCUAACCUGCAAUUUGACCGACACCAGUCUCGCCAUCAAGGGUUCGCACUGGGUGCACAACGGCAAAGUUAUCGAGGCGUCCAAAUCCACAGCUGCCGACUACAGUACAGUACUUCGUUUGGAUAAGAUCACACUUACCUCUGGUGGAAAGUACGAGUGUGUCUUCCUGAGUGAGCCACCAGUGAAGCAAACAAUUGAAGUCAAAACUGCCCCACACGUGGCAGCCUACAAGCACUCUGAGCACGGCAACGAGAGAGACAAAGGUGUGAUGGUGUGUGUGAGCCAUGGCUACCCGCUGCCCACUGACUGGACCUGGUUGAAGGUUCUACCAGAUGGUGUCCAAGAGCCCAUCAUCAACGGCACCAGUGACAAGUACGAGAUCAAGAGCACUCCCAACAAAACGGUGCUGACCGUAAACGACCUGAACAUCGAGAACGACGUGGGUGACUACAUCUGCUCAGGCGCCAGCGUCAUCGGGACAAACACCGACAAGAUUCACCUGCGCGUCCGCAGCCGCCUAGCUGCCCUCUGGCCUUUCCUCGGCAUCGUGGCUGAAGUCAUCAUUUUGGUGACCAUCAUCCUCAUCUAUGAGAAGAGGAGAAAGCCCGAUGAGGUUACCGACGACGAUGACUCAGGCUCGGCUCCUCUGAAGAGCAAUUCUAAUGCCAACCACCAAGACAAGAACGUGAGGCAAAGGAAUUCCAACUAGAAGAUAGACAGGAGGACUAGAUGGCAGCACUCUUCUCCAAGCUGUUCAGCGCCACCUCGUCCCUCACUUCCUGCAAUGUCAAAUAACCCUUUUUUUUUUUUUUCUUUCUGUGCUCGAGUGUUAAUAUUAAGGGUGAUUUCCUCCUGUUAUAAUCUUCACAAAGCUGUGCUGCCCUGAAAGCUUAGUGUGAAAUGCUUCCUUUCUUGAGGCCACAGGGCCACUGUUGCAUGAGUUUCAACGCUGUCGUAGCCAACUGUCUUGUAACAAAAUGAAUAAUCGUCGCACUGUCCGAGGAAUAUUAGUGCUCAUGUUUUGUUUUGUUUUUUAAACCCUGUGGAUAACUCAUUCCUCACUUUUAUUGGUUGCUUCACAAACUCCUCUCUGCAGAGUUUUAGACUUUGCCUUAACAAGCACCAUCUCGCUUUCUGUUACCACUUUGAAAUGUGACCUCAAAGUUAAAGCACUCUGCUUGUAUUAUUUUUGCCAUAGAAAAAUUGUUUGAAUGAGUUAGUUCAUUUUAAGCUUGUUUGUUCAGUAAAAAAAAUAUUAUAUGAAGGACCAACUGCAACAACAACAAAAAUUAACAGCAAUGCAGCAUUUAUACAGCUCACAACGGAUGUUUUAGUUGCUUUUGACAUCAUUGAUCUAAAUUUAAACACUUCAGUUGUGGGUUGGAAGCACAUCACUGUUAAUAAUAAAACGCCUAAUGCAUUAUGACAGCUGUGUUGUGAUUGGAUGUUGUUUAAAAGUUACACUGCGACAUAAAAGAUCUUGGCCAGUUUUGUGUGAGUUAGUGGGAACGUCAUCUGUUGUACAACUUGCACAAACUGAAUAAAGUCAUCUGAUUUUA